UUGUCCACUUCUGUGAUGGCAAACAAGAAAACUGCACCAGCGCCGGUUGCAACCACAAAUUCCGCUCCGCCAGUCCCUCCAAAAGCUUCCAAGUCGGGCAACGCCCCAUUCGUCAAGUAUUACCUCCUUGCCUAUAACGUCCUAUCGACACUCGGAUGGGGCUACGUCCUCGUUCUAACUCUUGUCCAUCUCUUUAAUCUUGAUGGACGAGCUUCUGUGCUUGGAAAGCCGGUUGUCAUUGCCGCCCCAUCGGCUUUCUCCCGAUUCAUGUCCUCCAUUCCAUUCUUCAAGUCUCCUCCCCCUUCCCCUGCGACGAUAACCAUACAAUCCCGUCUGCCCGCUUUCUUGCAGCCCAUCUACACCCGCUCGAUAACGACUUACACUCGUGUUGGCAACACCGUUGCCGUCGUCCAGACAUUCGCGCUUCUGGAGGUUGCCCACGUUUUGCUGGGCUGGGUCCGCAGUCCGUUGCAGACGACGGCAAUGCAGGUUGCCAGUCGGCUGUGGAUUGUGUGGGGAAUUGUGCAGCAGUUUGGCGUGGCGCGCGCCAAUCCGCUCUAUACCUCCUGCGUGUUGGCUUGGUCUAUAACCGAAGUUGUGCGGUACUCCUUCUAUGCCAGCAAUUUGCUUGGCCAGGAGCCUCCGGUUCUGCUUUACUUGCGAUAUACUCUAUUCUAUGUGCUCUAUCCGAUCGGCGCUGGCUCUGAGGCUUUCCUCAGCUACGCCACCCUCCCAAUACCGUCUGGCGUUCCCAGCGUCCAGUCUUUCCUGGGCUGGUCUGUCGGCGAAUAUGUCCGUCUCGCUCUCUUUAUCACUUGGUGGCCAGCCCUUUACCAGCUCUACACCUAUAUGAUCAAGCAAAGACGUAAAAUAUAUGGCGCCCAAAAAAAGGUGAAGACGAACUGA